AUGGUGAUGGAACGAUAAACGCUGGUUUUAUUAUAAAUCUAUCUCUAUAUAUAUGGAAAAAAAUUAUAUCCAGAUGGUUUAGAAUAAAAAGAAGAAUAUCUGUAUGGAAGUCAUCAUAGUCAAGGUAUAUAAUAAAGAGAUGAGCUUUGAA